AUGGACGUGGACAUGGACGUGGACGUGGAUGUGGACAUGAACGUGGACGUGGACGUGGACAUGAACGUGAACAUGGACGUGGACAUGGACGUGGACGUGGACGUGGACGUGGACGUGGACCUGGAUGUGGACGUGGACAUGGAGGUGGACGAGGACGUGGACGUGGACGUGGACGUGGACGUGGACGUGGACAUGGAUGUGGAUGUGGACUUGGACGUGGACAUGGACGUGAACGUGGACGUGGACGUGGACGUGGACGUGGACGUGGACGUGGUCGUGGACGUGGACGUGGACAUGGACGUGGACGUGGACUUGGACGUGGACGUGGACGUGGACAUGGAGGUGGACGACGUGGACGUGGACAUGGACCUGGACGUGGACGUAGACGUGGACGUGGACGUGGCCAUGGACGUGGACGUGGACGUGGCCAUGGACGUGGACGUGGACGUGGACGUGGAGGUGGACGUGGACGUGGACGUGGACGUGGACAUGGAGGUGGACGUGGACGUGGACAUGGACAUGGACAUGGACGUGGACGUGGACGUGGACGUGGACAUGGACGUGGACGUGGACGUGGAGGUGGAAGUGGACGUGGACGUGGACGUGGAGGUGGAAGUGGACGUGGACAUGGACGUGGACGUGGACGUGGACGUGGACAUUGUCGUGGACGUCGACGUGGACGUGGACGUGGUCGUGGACGUGGACGUAGACGUGGACGUGGACGUGGACGACGUGGACCUAGACGUGGACGUGGACGUGGACGUGGAGAUGGACGUGGACGUGGACGUGGACGUGGACAUGGACGUGGAUGUGGACGUAGACGUGGACGUGGACAUGGACGUGAACGUAGAAGUGGACAUGGACGUUGACGUGGACAUGGAUGUGGACGUGGAGGACUUGGACAUGGACAUGGACAUGGACGUGGACGUGGACGUGGACGUUGACGUGGACAUGGACGAGGACCUGGACGUGGACAUGGACGUGGACGUGGACAUGGACGUGGACGUGGAUAGGGAAGUGGACCUGGACGUGGACGUGGACAUGGACGUGGACAUGGAUGUGGACGUGGACAUGGAUGUGGACAUGGAUGUGGAUGUGGACGUGGACGUACGUGGAGGACUUGGACGUGGCAUGGACGUGGACGUGGAUGUGGACGUGGACGUGGACGUGGAGGUGGACGUGGACGUGGACGUGGACGUGGACAUGGACGUGGACGUGGACGUGGACGUGGACAUGGACGUGAACGUGGACGUGGACGUGGACAUUGUCGUGGACGUGGACCUGGACGUGGACGUGGACGUGGUCGUGUACGUGGACAUGGACGUGGACGUGGACGACGUGGACCUGGACGUGGACGUGGACGUGGACGUGGACGUGGAUGUGGACGUGGACGUGGACGUGGAAGUGGAGAUGGACGUGGACGUGGACGUGGACGUGGACAUGGACGUGGACGUGGACAUGGACGUGGACGACGUGUACGUGGACGUGGACGUGGACAUGGACGUGGACAUGGACGUGGACGUGGACGUGGAUGUGGACAUUGUCGUGGACGUGGACGAAGACGUGGACGUGGACGUGGUCGUGGACGUGGACGUGGACGUCGACGUGGACGUGGACAUGGACGUGGACGUAGACGUGGAUGUGGACAUUGUCGUGGACCUGGACAUUGUCGUGGACAUGGACGUGGACGUGGUCGUGGACGUGGACGUGGUCGUGGACGUGGACGUGGACGUGGACGUGGACAUAGACAUGGACGUGGACGUGGACGUGGACGUAGACGUGGACGUGGACGUGGACAUUGACAUGGACAUGGACGUGGACGUGGACAUGGACAUGGACAUGCACGUGGACGUAGACGUGGACGUGGACAUGGACAUGGACAUGGACGUGGACGUGGAUAUGGACGUGGAGAUGGACGUGGACGUGGACGUGGACAUGAACGUGGACGUGGACGUGGACAUGGACGUGGACGUGGUCGUGGACGUGGACGUGGACGUGGACAUGGACGUGGACGUGGACGUGGACAUGAACGUGGACGUGGACGUGGACAUGAACGUGAACAUGGACGUGGACGUGGACGUGGACGUGGACAUGGACGGGGACGUGGACAUGGAGGUGGAUGAGGACGUGGACGUGGACGUGGACGUGGACGUGGACGUGGACAUGGACGUGGACGUGGACGUGGACAUGGACGUGAACGAGGACGUGGACGUGGACGUGGACCUGGACGUGGACGUGGACGUGGUCGUGGACGUGGACGUAGACAUGGAUGUGGACGUGGACUUGGACGUGGACGUGGACGUGGACGUGGACGUGGUUGUGGACGUGGACGUGGACAUGGACGACGUGGACGUGGACAUGGACCUGGACGUGGACGUGGACAUGGACGUGGCCAUGGACGUGGACGUGGACGUGGACAUGGACAUGGACGUGGACGUGGACGUGGACGUGGACGUGGACGUGGACGUGGACGUGGACAUGGAGGUGGACGUGGACGUGGACAUGGACGUGGACGUGGACGUGGACGUGGACGUGGACAUGGACGUGGACGUGGACGUGGACGUUGAGGUGGAAGUGGACGUGGACAUGGACGUGGACGUGGACGUAGACAUUGUCGUGGACGUCGACGUGGACGUGGACGUGGACGUGGACGUGGACGUGGACGUGGGGACAUAG